UGGGCAUCAAAGAAACAAACUUGUAUUACAAAUUCUACUAUGGAAUCGGAAUUUGUAGCGUUAGCAGCUGCAGGGAGAGAGGCGGAAUGGUUAAGACAUCUAGUCUCCGAGAUUCCAUUGUGGCCGAAACCGGUGUCACCCAUUUCUAUCCAUUGCGAUAGUAAAGCUACUUUGCUAAAGCUUAUAGCCAAGUGUAUAACGGUAAGUCGCGACACCUAGGCUUGAGACAUAGCGGGAUACGUGAGCUGAUCACUCAUGGGGUGAUUACUAUAGGAUUUAUUCGGUCAGAGCAAAAUCUAGCGGAUCACUUGACAAAAGGACUAGCUAGAGACUUGGUGAUCAAGUCGGCUAAAGGGAUGGGAUUAAAGUCCAUUUGAAAUCUCUAAUGGUGGGAUACCCAGUUCCCCUCUAAUUCAACGUUAGAGGCUGAAUUCAAUGCGGAAAGCCCACACUUAGAGAUUGAAGCACUAGUUUAUAUCAUCCCAAAGUAAGUGCUUAGAUCUGCAAGAAAAGGUUAGGUUGAAGUUUUCUUCUUAAUAGAUCUUUUGAAAAAUUGCAUUUUGCAGGUGCAAGAUUAAAAGAUCUAGCUAUAUGGGUGUGAAGUGUAGCCGCUUCAAGAAGCUCGGACUUGGCUUUGUAUACGCUCAUGAAUGGAUAAGGACACAUGGCUUAUAAUAGUGUCAAGGAUAAACACUUAGAGUAGUGAGUUAAUUCGUGUGUGUAUUAUCUUCAUGUGCUCAAAAUGAGUUGAAGGAUUCAAUCCGUAGGACAUCCUGAUUCUCGAGCAUUUGGAAUGUGUAAUAUCACUAAGAUGUAAAUUCAAUCGUUACGAUAUUUACAUUUAUGCAUGAGUUUGGUUUACGUGUUGUUAAUUUUGUGAAUCAAAGAUUACACUUAAAUGGGGGAGGAAUGUUGGAUAUUUAAGUGUACGUGAUAUUUAAGUGUACGUACAUCGUCGGUUAUUCACGAAUGUUGGAUAUUUAAGUGUACGUACAUCGACAGUUAGUGUACGUACGACGGUUAUUUACCAACCAUCGCACCUUUUUGUACAAACGGUUAUUAUAUUAAACGUACGGUUGCAAACGUAUGUGAACACCGUUGAUCACUAUAAAACUAUGUUUCUCUUGUGUCAAUAGAGAAAAAGAAGGAUAGAGCACGAGAGUUUUACAAGAUCAAAGAUUGAAAGAAUCUUUGGUGAUAAACACAUAAACAAAACACAAAUCUAUAUUUGUUUCUCUUGUAUCUUAGCCUAGAACAAGAGAGAACUUUGAUUGUCUUAUCCUACAAGGGAUUUCGUGUAACCCAAGGCUUGUGAAGGGUCGAAAUACUCUUAAAGGAAAGUGCUCACGUGCGCGAUUCAAUCAUUUUCCAAGUUCACAUUCGUUACAUUCCGGAGUUACAACAACCAUUUUAUAACAAAACAAGGUCUCUAACAAUAUCUAUAUAUGUUCCAAACUUGACUUGAGGCAGAAAUUUGAUACUAGGCCCGGAGACGUAUGCCCCAUCGCCAUACAUGAGGUUUAGGGAAGUUCCGGUUUUUAUUUUGAAUUUGGUUACGUUCUAAAACAAAAUUUUCACCUUAAGUGUAACUGAUCUUGCAUUAAUCUUUAGUAGAAGAUAAAUUCACUUAAAGCCAUUUUUCUGAAGACUUUACGUUAAUUUUACAUUGUGAGAACUGUUUGUCCAUUAAGUCAUUGAUUUUGUUUUUCAAUUGUCUGUUACCAAAUAUCUGUGUAACACACACACACACACAAAACUAAUAAUAUUUUUUUAAAAAAGUGGAGCUCAUGUAUUAGACAUCGUGAACGUUCGUCGCAUCUUCGUUGAUAGCACGAUAAGGGAUAUAUGUACCAUAUAUAUAGUCUUAUUUUAUAUUUUUUUACGCGGUCUGAUGAUAAAUUGCCACCACUAAAAGUUGUUCUACAUGAAAAACACAAAAUGACUGAUGAGAUUAAUCAAACCGCCAAUAUCAUACUAAAAAUUCCAAUUUUGAAUAAAUUUGUUAGUAUCUCACCAUAAAAGUGUUACAUUUCCUAUUUUCACUCGUAGAGCGUAAAAAAUCUCAAACAACUUCACAACGACUCACUAAUAAAACUCUUCGCAGUAAUUUAUCGACCAAAAGGGGAAAAAAAAAACAAGAAAAUAAAAUAAAUAUUAAAACCGAGCCCGCGUUUAGCGGUCUUUUUUCAGUUUUCUGUUACACCAAACUUUUCCUUCUCACAAAUUUCCCGAGAAAAAAGAAAGAAAAGAAAAGAAAAGAAAAGAAAAAGAGAAAGCAAAUUCUGAUUCAAAGGCACAUUCUCUGAAGUUCAUUGUGUUAGAAAAUCAGUGGUCGGAAAUCGAAUGGAUCAGAGAAAAGGUGAUCCAAGAAUAUACAUUGUCACUUUUCUCUUCCUUUCAUGUAUCCUCAUAGGAGGAGUCCUUUUAGGACUUUACCUGGUCCGUUCUGAUCCGAACCCUCUGUUUCUACAAGCGGGUAUGGUCUUCGUUGGUGUCCCUUGGCUCUUUUGGUUCUUGGCUUACGUUUACUCCUGCGUCCUCAAACCUUGCAUCAUCUUUGUUAGCAAGAGCAGCAUCUUUGUUAGCAAGAGCGUUACCAGUUUCGAUCCUGAGAAAGGCGAUCCGGAGAAGAACGUCAAUAACAAGGUUCCGGAAAACGUCACGGCAACUUCGGAUCCGGCGCCGAGGAAUUCACCGAGGGAAGGUGAGAAGCAUGUGCAAUUCGGGAAUGUGGUGGUUCUUGGGGAUGAAGAAAGAGGCAGAGAAGGAGAAGAGGAAGAUCACAACGAGAGUAGUUCUAAUAAUCUGAUUCAGGAUCAUAUGCGAAUGGAAGAAGAAGAAAAUCAAGAAAAUGGUACAUCGAAUUCAAGAAGCGAUGAUGAUGAUAGUAGUGUCGAUGAGGACUGCGAUAGGACUCCAUUGAGAUUAUCGAUUGGAAACAAAUGAUCUGCGACUGGAUGAUAGAUGUUUAUCGCGCGGAUCAAGACCUGAUCGUUUUUUUCAGGUUGUGCAAACAUGAUUGAACAGAGAGAGUGGCUGUGAAAAAGCUACUUCUCUCGUUGACGUGUGAGACAAGGAAUGUUGUUCUUUAAGAACUAAUUACCAUGUAAAAGACCCAUAGAAGAAUUUGUUUUGUUGUA